UGGGAGCGGGGGGGGGAGCCCGGCGGGAUGGAGGGGACCCUGGAGCAGCACCUGGAGGACACGAUGAAGAGCCCGGCCGUGGUGGGCGUCCUGUGCACCGACUCGCAGGGACUCAACCUGGGCUGCCGAGGAACCCUCUCUGAUGAGCACGCUGGGGUGAUCUCAGUGCUGGCCCAGCAGGCAGCCAAGCUCAGCUCUGACCCCACAGACACCCCCGUGGUGUGCCUGGAGUCUGACAGCGGGAACAUCAUGAUCCAGAAGCACGACAGCAUCACUGUAGCAGUGCACAAACUGGCAUCCUGACCCUCAGGAACCUGCAUCAUCCUCCACUCCCAGCUCCUCCUCACUGGACAACCUCUCUCCUCCAGUGCAGAACAUGCUUGUAGCACCAACCCUGGGCUGAAGGUCCUCCCUCUCCACUUCACAGCUCCUGUGCAGCUACCAGGGUCUCCAGCUCACAUUUUAGCACUUGUGCUGCUGAGGAUGAAUCGUGGGGCACUCACCAAGCUCCUGUAAUGAUCAGAUCCUUCCAAGAUGGGUGGGUGGGUGGGUGUGUGGCCUUAUUU